AUGACUAAGCCUUCCAUCCUCCAUGCAGAUCGCAGUUCCCCGCGUUGGGUGCCAUCCAUGUCCACACUCUCCCCUCUUCCAAGCUGUGCCAAUCGGCGGUACACCCCAGAACAGUACCGAUUGGCCCUCAAGGCAGUGUGUGAGGAUGGCUUGACUGCUGCACAAGCUGGAGCACUCCACGGUGUUCCCAAGAGCACCAUAUGGCAUCGCUUGUAUGCCAGUAAACGCUCCUCCUCAUCCACCCCAGCAAGGAAGACGCCCUACCCCUUACGACGCCACGCUCCUCCUGGUGACUCAUCCCGCAGCAAAAAUUCCCCGUACCACUUCCGUCAACAACGCACCUCUGAGCUGACCUCCCUGGCCAAGCAUGGGAAGAGUGCCACCUCCUCGCAGGAAGUCCAGCAGAAGAAUGCUGGAGACACAAGCCGGAGAAAGGUUAGCGGUCGGAAUCGGGACAGGAGUGGCCUUGGAAUUGGUGGCGAUGAUGCCUGCUGCUUCUGUGGCAGUGCAGAGGACGAUGAGUUGAUGCUGGGCAAGAUGUUUGUGCUGAGGAAGUUUAGGAUGCACUACUUUUGCCUGUUGUUUGCCAGUGGACUGCCACAGAACGGCGAUGACGAUGAGGGCAUUCUUGGCUUUCUGGAGGAGGAUAUCAAGGCAGAAAUUCUGCGUGGACGGAAGUUGGCAGGCAGCCAGGCUAGUAAAAUUAUGUAG